CCCAGGACGCACACUGCCUUCAGCACGCCGCCGCUUGCAUAAACCAUCACGAGCGGGAAGUUCAGAGCCGUCUGGAUAUUCCGGGUAGGGCGGAGGCGGUAUCGUGGUACCUCCCAGAAAUGUUCAACGGCCUCUACUACACCCGUCACAUCGUUAUUGUCGACAGGCUUGAGGAUGAAGCCAAAAACCCGCCCGGGCCUACUCGCUGGCAGGAAACGCUCGCCUGGACACCCCCUCUCCUACGCGACCCACGGGACCUGGACUUCAACAGGGCGGAGAGGCCUGAUAGCAGCUCGUACGGAAGAGGGCUGGAGGUCAGCUGGCGCCUUCGCGAUGAGAACGAGGACGACGAAGCGGAGCCUAUCGUCUGGCUCAAGGUCGCGUUUGAGAUGAUGGGUCAGUCGGCGUUGAUUUCCAACUCAUAUGGGGUAAAUGUUCUCUAUGAGCAUUUCAUCCCCGACGGCGUAUUCGAUUUUGAAAGAGAGAAGGCUCGUGAACGAGGAGCAGAUGAUGGAGUGGACUUGCCGAUGCAGACUAUAUAGACCCUGUGCUCGCCUUUACUGUCGGGCAGAGUCGCUAGCCUAGAACUUGGUACUUUCGGAAGAGCCGGGCACGCUUCUUCACGCUUGACCGGUCGGAAGGAUUUUAGAAGGUCAAGGAGAAACACAGGCCUUGGGAGCUUACUCAACCCAUUUGUUCCAGUCUGCAAAUGUUCCACGUGCUGUCAA